AUGCCUGGAGAUUUGCAGCCUGCCUCCGAUUCUGAGUUGUUGACAGACCAGGAUGGCGGGAUGACUUCAGGACAGUCAGGCAGAUGUACCCCCAGGGCAGGGGAAAUCCAACUGGCAUCCCCGGACGCAACUCCCAAAUCUGAGGAGGCGUCUGCGCACCGAUCGGACACGAUUGACUCUUUUGCGGGCUCGCCAGAGAUGAAUUCAGACGCAAAUGAAUUUUGCAUAGUGUCUGGCGACGGGAGAACGCUAUCUGAGAGCGGCUGCAGCGAGGCAGAAGUGGCAUCCAGCGAGUCCCACGGACAGCCCGACCUGGAGGAUGUGACUCUGCACUUCCACAGCCGGUUGGAUGAGAAGGAGCAUUUUGGGCAAUUGAUCAGAAAUGUCGAGCUUUUGGGACGCCGGUACCUGGUCGUCAGAACUGAGCCAUCAGAGGAUGAUGCCCGCCAAGGAAUGCGGUCUGUCAUUCACGUCCUCGGCUUGGGAUAUUUGAAUGCGCGCCACGAUGAUGUUGUGAUGCUUGGCCGUCCUGUCGGCGCAAACGGCAGUGACAGCGGCAGCGGAAUUGGCAGCGUGCACCCCAAGGCCCAGGCUUGUGCUCGUGAGCCCGUAGAGGAACCUGGGAUCUUUGUUCCAGACCAAGAACGUUUCCGCCAAAAAGAACUGCUUGGCAGUGGGGGCUUUGCUGAUGUGUACAGGUACGAGAAGCUGGACUCCGAUGGACGGGCAACAGAGUCCUAUGCAGUCAAGGAGGUUGAUUUGCAGCUGCUGUCCUCCAAAGUGGGCGCAGAUCAGGAGCGGCUGGUCCGAUGGGUGGCACGACUUGAGUUUGAGGUGCGCAACUUGCUCAAACUUCGUGGGCAUCCAGGGGUGGUCAAGGUGCUCGAUGCUUACGCAUUCCGCCGGAAGUUUUACAUUGUCAUGGAGCAUGUGAACGGCACGGACCUUGGGCGCCGGCUGAAAGGUCGGGGCCGGCUGUCUGAAAUGGAAGCGCGGGGGCUGUUUGCGCAAAUGGCCGAAGCCCUGCGCCACAGCCACGCGCUGGAGGUUGUGCACAGGGAUUUCAAGCCGCACAACAUCCUUUUGGCGAGUCCCUUGCGACCUGGACAGCCGGAUGUUGUGAAGUUGGUGGACUUUGGCCUCAGCAAGGACAUCAGCGGAUGCUCAUCUGGGACUUCAACACCAUUUCUCGGAACAAAAUACUACAGGGCUCCUGAGACGCGUCAUGCUGCGCCUGGGCAAGAAAACUACGACGCCGCGAAGGUGGACGUGUAUGCGCUUGGCGUGACUUUGUAUGUCAUGCUGGCGGGCUCUCAUCCACAAGAAGGUGAAGAGGUGACCGAUCUCUCUUUGCGAGGGGCGGCGUGGCAGCGCAUCAGCCCAGAGGCGCGUGAUCUGCUGCUGGGACUUCUGAAACACGAGCCUGAGCAAAGGCUCAGCCUGGACGAUGUCAUUGAGCACCCAUGGCUCACAGCUAUGUGGGCCACUUCUCUGGAUGAGAGUGAUCAGGCAGAGAAGAGCGAGGAAGCCCCGGAGUCUGAGAGCGAAGAGAAGGGUAAUGACAUGCCACUCGGCCCCAGCUUCUUUGCCGCCUUUCCGGAAGCGCCAGCCACGUCAAGCGCUGCAAAGAUUCCAGCCGAAGGGGGAAGCAGCCAUGGAAGCCCUGUGCACUCCGCAAGCGCACCUGGCUGGGGCAAUGUUUUGUCAUGGCUGCAUGCAGAUGCCGCAUCUGCUGAAGCCCAGCAAGUUCUAUCUGUUGUCGGUGGGCGAACUGCGGCAGCUCCGUUUGGACGUGCUCCUCUUCCUCUUCCAGGGCCUGCAGGUCCAGGGCCUGCAAUUCCUGCAGCUCCUGCGGGUCCUGCGGGUCCUGCGGGAAAGCGCUCUCGCGUGGACAAGGGCGAGAAGCGUUUGGCGCUAGAGUCGGACGCUGCCCCACCCUUGACGAGCCUCGGCGACUCACAAACCGAUUCGCAGACACUGGGGCAGGAGGACAAGGAGCAGGCCCAGGUGGUUCAGAACGUGCAGGAACGGGCCGGAACGGCAAGAAUCAAGUGGAUCUCCUGCGCGCCGCGCUUCGCGUCAGUUUGGCGCUUCUCACAGGCGCGAGCAGAGUCUCCCUUGCCAUCCCCCGCGCCAUCGCCUCUGCCAUCGCCUGCCCCUUCGCCGCCCCCGACGCCGUAUGGGCGAGAGGAGUCACGCGACACUGAAGGGGCAGAAUCACGGGCACCUGCUGAGCCUGAUUCGGUCAUUGGGUUUGUACAGGCGCCAAGGAUGCUCGCUGUGGAUGGUGCUAUGGUUACUAUCACCCGCACACAUAGAGGAUCUCGUCACCGGCCAUGGGGGUUUGUCUCGGAAAGCUGCAGGAGAUUUGGCUACAGCAGCCGGGAAGAAGCCAUGAGAGCCGCAGAAGAAGCUCUUCUGACACCGGCAGGCGCGGGAAAGAAAGGCCGGGGGGCGCAUGAGGCGAGCCCAUUGCACGCCAUGGGAUAG